AUGUACAGACUGCAAGUGAAGCGGGAGUUGUUGUUCCACCCGCCCAACCCACGAGUUGUCCCGCGACUUCCUGCUUCGCUGCCGCCCCCAGGGCAGCAGCAGCAGCCGUCGCCGUUACCACGCCGACAGCCCGUCCCGUUGAUGCCUCCCGCGCAGCUUCAUCCGGGAGCGCCCCAGGUGGUCGUUCCGGCGCCUGCGGUCCCUCUUCAGUCGCCACCGCCUUCGGAGCUGAUGGACGUCGACCCCUCAGCCGGGCCGCCUUCCCAAGCGGUGGCUGUGCAGCCUGUCCUGCAGCCGCUUUCCUUGGGCACCCCCAAGGAGUCUGACACCGCAGCGCCUUGUCCGGCGCCCACUCAGCAGCCGUCGACGCAGCGUCAGGAGACGCUGCCUCUCUUCGUGGGCCCCGACGCCCAUGCAACAGUAGAAACAUAG